AUGCUUGAUGUUGCCCGUGGGAUGAGGCGGAUCGAGGAAAUGAUUAAUAGCAACCUUGGGAUGAGCCGGAGGAGGAGCAGCAGCAAAGGAAACAAGGAAGUAUGCGCAAGGAACAUCCGCGCAACAUUGGAGCAGUCAAGGUCCAAGGUUAGAAGCUUGCUUGCCAGAUCCAUUGUUGAUGAGAUUGAUGAAUAUCAAUCUGUUCAGACACCAGCGCUGUGUGUUAGCUUAAGAGCUGCUGAGUUGGUGUCCUCCCUAAUGGAGCUGAUCAUUGGGAACUCAAAAUUGAUGGAUGGCAUGGUGGAGCAAGUGAUAUCCGUCAAGAUGCAUGUAGAUCUGCUGCCUUUUUUCAUGGAAGAUUUACAAUCGCUAAAGCUGGAAAGCGAAAUGGAAAAGUCAUGGUUGAAGGAAGCAAGCAAGACGGUUGAGGAAGCAAUAAAUGACAUUGCCUACAUAAAUAUAGCAGCAAAUCGACAGAAAUGGUGGUGGUGGGUAUAUUUCAGCCGUAAUUGGAGGGCUAGGCGGAAGCUCAAGGGGGGAAUAAUGUCCCUUGGCUCCAAGAUCUCCGACCUUCUGGAAACAAAGGAAAGAUACGGUUUUAAAUUUAUCACAGGACGGUCUUCAAAUUUUGCCCGCAAAUCUCCUCGACAGCAAACCGUUGAGUAUCAGGAUAUGGACAGGCAUUUGUCAUCAGCUGUAGAAAACAUUCGUAACAGGCUCAUUCAAUUGCGGCAAACAAGCAAAGAGUUAUCGUUGUGUGUCAGCGCAAUGAGCAAGGAGUUGGAGCACAUGCAUAAACUUUUCAAAGCUACCAAACCCACUGAAGACUUCAACCAAAAAAAAAAAACCCCCACUGAAGCCUAUGCCCCUAAGUUUAGAAGUGCUUACUUGGAGCAAUUGAAGAAACUGACUUGUGAAGCAGAGCAGUACUCAAAGGCCUCCGGCAUCCAAGGCUCAGAGCUUGUAACCACCAUCUCGGAGAUUAAGGGAAUCACGCACGCUGUAAAUCUUCUUCAGAGAUGCAUAAAAGUAUAUUCGAUUGAGGUAAGGGCGGAUUCUUGCUCAGUAGUUGGUCUGGAAGAAAACGUAUAUGAACUGGUCUCGCAACUGACUUCUAACAGAAAAGAGCGCUCUGUGAUUUCCAUUGUGGGGAUGAAGGGAAUUGGUAAGACAACUCUGGCCAAGGAAGUCUAUAACCACCCUACCAUUCAGCGCCGUUUUCAAGUCCGUCGUUGGGUCUCCGUACCUCAAGUGUCUGACAAAAGUGAACUAUUGGAAGCCGUUGGAAACCAGGUCCUGAAGACGCAAGAGAAGCAGGGCAGGGAAUACUGGAUUGCGAAAGUGAGGGAUUUCUUGAAGAAGGAGAGAUACCUUCUAGUGUUAGACAAUGUCUUGUCAACGGAAACCUGGGAUGCUCUUAAAGUAGCAUUUCCAGAAAUGGCAAACAAGAGCAGGAUUGUCCUCACCACAUGCAAGAAGGCCAUCGCGUCACACGCUGACCAAAAUAGCAUUCACCACCUUCGGUUACGAACCAAACAAGAGAGCUGGGAUCUUUUUUCCCAGAUAGUGCAUCACUGUCCUGAUGAACUGCAAACUGAUGCAAAGGAAGUUUUAGGGAGAGGCGGAGGCUUACCACUUGCCGUAAUUAGUGUUGGGUAUCUACUGUCGUGGAAGGAAGUGUCGACACCAGAGGAAUAUUUGAAGGAGCUUGAGCGUAUCACUCAAGGACAGAACCGAACACCGUGGUUUGAUACUGUGAAAGUGAAUAAUGCAGACUUGCAAUUCGACAAAAUUCUGAGUAAAUGUUUGUCUUACUUCCAACUUUUCUCUAGGGACUUUGAAAUCCCUGCAAGGAGAAUUGUCGCUUCGUGGGUUGCACAAGGAUUGGCACAAGUAAGCGGAGAUGAGAAAACAAAAAUUCCCGAAACUGUUGCAUAUGCGUAUCUAUCAGAGUUGAUUGGGCGUAAUGUGGUUCAAAUGGUUCAAAGAAAGCCUAAUGGGAAGGUCAAGACAUGUCGCUUGCCUAGUGCUGUGCGACAUCUCUUGUUGCAAGGUGGCAACGACAAUAAUAGCAGCGAAACAGGUUCAGGGUCAUCUCUAACUUCUCCUACAAGUAAUGUAGACAGAAACUAUAACCUUCAUGAUUCUGAAGAUGGUAAUACAUACGAUACCAGUUCCCGUCAAAUUCAUGGUCUCUACACAAAUUGGCGAAAUGUUUUGCUGAAGGAAAGCUUUCCCCGAUCGGUUCUCUUCUUUGAUGACCGAGCAAAAAUCAAACCUGGAGAGGAAGUAGGUGAAAUUAUUAGCAGGGGCAUUGCUGGUGGUCUCUUCGGAAAACUACAGACUCUUGACCUUGAACGUGUGUUCAGACCAAAGUUGCCGGAGACCAUUGGAAAAUUAAAGCAGCUGACAUAUUUGGGAUUAAGGCGAACUUACCUAUUGACGAUCCCUGAAUCUAUUGGGGACUUGGUGAAACUCUUAACUCUAGAUUUGAAGCAUACCCAUGUUAGAACACUCCCUAGUUCAAUAUGGAAGCUGAAGAAAAUUCGGCAUCUCUACUUGAACGAGAACUGUCAAAUACAUCGACCAAUUUUCAUGAUAUCGAUGAAAGAUCUGAUGAUAUUAUCUGGCCUAUUUGUGGAGAAGGGCCAUCCUCUCAAGGAUCGUCUGGACAAGUUGACGAAACUUCGAAAAUUGGCUUUGGUAUUCAAUCUUGCACCUACAGAGCAAAUGCUAGUGGCGAAAUGGAUUGAGAAACUGACUGACCUAGAAUCUUUGAGGCUGAGAUCAAUAGAUGAGAAGAGGGCACCUCAGCAUCUGAAACUAGAGACCAUCUCUCACCUUACGAAUCUGUCCAGCCUACAUUUGUUUGGGAAGCUUGAAAAUCAGGUCAUCAUAAAUCAACUCCCGCAAAGCCUCACCCAGCUUACCUUAUCGGCCUCUAAAAUUAAAGAUGAUCCAAUGCCAACGCUAGGCCUGCUUCCGAAACUUAGAUCCCUUUCUUUCCACUCUGAUUCUUAUCUAGGAACACGGAUGGUUUGCUGCAAAGAUGGAUUUCCACUUCUUCUAUUUCUGAAGCUUUGGAAUUUAGAUACCCUGAAAAUCUUGGCCGUGCAAAACGGAGCAAUGCAAAAUCUUCGCUACAUAGAUACUAGAUCCUGCCACAACUUGACCAUCACUGACUCUAGAAGGUAA